AGGAAAAAAAAAAGCUGCAUUCACUGUUUCCAAACAAUAAUACCAACACAAACUAAACAUCAAGUUUAGUUGGUAUAUGAUGUUCUAGUGCGAGUAAAACUAAACCAAACAAGAAUACUGGUGUAAAACAAGACAAAGUGGCUGCUUUCUUGGAAAGUUAUAAGAUGCUGAACCAGGGAGGAUUGUAUGAGGAUCGGCAUAGCCAUUUAGAGAUGGGAUCAUCAAAUAUAGGGUUGAUGUAUGAUCCUCCGAGUUUUACUACCAACUCACUUUCUCAGAUUCCGUUUGGAUGCAACAAUAAUAUUCAGAGCCCAAGGAGUAAUCACAGCAACUUCACAACAACUACAGUGCCUUCUUCCUCAUCUCUUGCACCACCACCAUCAGAUUCUCCCAAGCAAGAUCACUUUGAUAUGAAUACCACCAACCAUCUUCUCUCCUUGCAAAGAUCAAGUCACAUAAAUCUUUGGGCAUGGGGGGAAGAGAAUGAUUGCAUAAUAAGCAGCAGCAAUGGCAAGAGAAGUAGGACUAACAUAAAUGGUGGGGAGAUAGAUAACCAUAGUCAUCACAACAACAAUAGCACUCUAGGGAUCUCAGCAAUAAAGAUGAAGAAGAUAAAAGCAGCAAGAAGGAAGGUUAGAGAGCCUAGGUUUUGCUUCAAGACUCUUAGUGAUGUGGAUGUUCUUGAUGAUGGUUACAAAUGGAGAAAGUAUGGCCAGAAAGUUGUUAAAAACACACAGCAUCCCAGGUAUAGUCUCAAUCUCCAAGUGAAAAGUUUUACCUCAAAAGAAUUCACUCUGUUUAAAGGUCAUUUCUGAACAUAAUGACAUCCAGCAAUUGCCAGUUUGCAAUGUUAUGAUCAUAAUUUCAUCGUUUUUGUCCUACUUUUCUAAAAUCGUACUACAAUAUAUGUGCAUGUACCAUAUACUUUUCUUCAGAUUCGUUGAAUUAAUGCAAGUGUAAGUGAGAUUUCCCAUGCGAAGUAAUAUUACUGCACUUAUUUAUUUUUUUUGGUAUUCUUUUCUGGUAGUAUAUUUUUUUCUUCAAAUCUGUGCAAAUAUAUAUAUCGGAGUCGUUUGGGUGAGCUUAAAAUAAGUGCUUAUUGCUUAAAGUAAAAAAGUGAAGUAGAAGUUAGAAGCAAGUUAAAACUUAUAAGUGAUAAAAGUGUUUGGGAUAGAAGCCGUGAGACAAAAGCUAGUAAUCGUAGCUUUUUUUAAGUACUUCUUGACUUCUUACACAAACGGUAUAAAUAAAUGCUUCUAACUUAUAAUUCAGAAGCUGGACUUAUAAACCCGUGCCAAACACCCACGUUGUAGGGCUUUCUAGUUAACCCAGUCAAGUCCUAUAUUUUCUGCUCAUCUGGUGACAAGACUGUUUUGGACAGAAGAAACUUAUUCAGAAAAACACCCCCCACCACAAACGCACAUUUUGAGUGAUCAUUGAUCAAAGAUACAUAGGUAUAUAGAUAUGUAAACAGAUUUAUUUAUGACAGUUGUCCAGAACUUUUUUUCACUUCUGCUGAUUCUAAAUUAAUUUCUGAAGCAUGAUGCCCAUACAAACCGGUUAACUAAAUCCUGAUUAACAUUUCAUGUAACUAACCAAUAUACAUAAUUCCCUUCUCCGAACCCACUCAAUAGGCAAUAAAAUUUUAGUUAACCUCACUUAGACUUAUAUGUUUGUUAAGCAUUAUUCAUUCCCAUUAUUUAUAAAUGUCUAUUUCAUCUCCCUCCAGUUUUGUAUUAAUAAUUUACAUUUAUUACAUGUCUGAUUCAUCUCCCUCCAUUAAUUAUAUUAUUAAGAUAUUAUUUUUGAUAUAUAACUAACAAUUAUAGUUAACAGUGUAGGAGCAAAAUCACUUUUUUAUUAUUUAUAAUAUAGCUAAUUAUAUUAUAUAAUAUUUUAGCUAACCAAUUUAGCUGAUAGGAUAUGAGAUGCUCUAAUCCUCCUUUCUUGGUUUGGCUACAUCACGACAUUAUGCUACAUUAUGCAUACUCUCACUUGCAACGUAACAUGUGUAUACAUAUACACAAUAGUGUAAUUAUUACUCACAAAACAUCGAAGCUAAAAUUUAUUUUUUGUUAGUUUAAUUUUGGAAUCUAGCUAGACGAGGCUAGAAAUAUUGUAAUAACAUAUUUAUUUAGGUUAGGCUCUUAGUUUUGUCCUUGUAUAUAUAUGCAUUGCCGCCUUGCCCGAUACAAUUGUAACCGAUGAGUCGGUAAAAUAUGGUGGUGCACUCAAAGCCUUUGUCAUCAUUCAAAACUUUUUUUUACAUUUGAUGAUGGAUUGAUGAUUCGUUUUAACUGGUUCAAGUGCAUCCACACUCACACCAUUAGUGGUUAUAGUGUAUGAAAGUUGUGCAGCAAAUCAUUACUCAAUGCAAUCUAUUAUCUGUACUUCUGUGACAUAAUAAUUAUGAAACCAAGAUAACUUCACCAACUAGGAGCCAAACUAAUCAAAUCUAGUCCACACUCAUUUGCAGUAUCAUCAAGUUGUAACAAUAUGUAUAUAAUUUUGUGCAAUGAAUUUCUUUAGCAAUAAUAUAUAUAUUUUUUUCUGGAGUUG